AUGCGGCCCCCGGCGCAUCGAGCAAAGCUCCCACACGGCUCGCUGAGGCCCCCGACAUCGCGUACCUCUGACCGCCCAUGUCCACGCCAGUUCUCGAACAAACAUCCCCGCCAAUUCCUCGUCGCGCACCAGGGCUCGCCCCGGCCACAGCUACCGUUCCUCUAUCCCUCGGGCCAGCACCUCUCCAAUGGCCAACUACAACGUCUGUUCUCCAUUAGCGCCAACCACAAGAAAUUCAUAAAAGAGACGGCGAAAUUGAGUGUGCGAUAUAGCAUCCUCAUCUUUCUCCUCUCAUCAUGCGUCAGUAUCGCAAGUCUGGGCAUAUUGAGCGAGCAGCAAGAGCGGGCCUUUCCGUCGCCGCAUGAGUGGAGUCUGAUUACGAGAUUCAGGUUCCGGCGAGGAAAGUGGUGGCAGGUGCCCGAAAACAACGAGGAAGAGGGUUUCCCCAACUGGGCACGGGUCUACUCAGAGCUGGAAUAUGCGCUGAAUCGAUUGGAACACCCGAACAAGGAUGGCGCGGGUUUAUCUGACCAGGAAGAGGGAGGGAUCUUGGUGCCCGGCGUAGGCAAGGCAGGCUUCGAUCUGACGGCCAAAAGCGAGGAGUGGCGACAAGGGUACUACGAAGUCUUGAUGGGCAUGGGCAAUGCUGCAGAAAGAUUAGAUGGAUGGGUGACGGACAAAUGGAGGAGAAACGUGUGGGCGCCAGAAUUCAUUCAAUCACCCUCGAAUCCACGACCGAAAGCUGUUCUUCCCGGCAUGCCCGAACCACCAGAUGAGCAGCAUCGCUUUCCCGCGGCGGAAGCACCAGAGACGUUCUACCUCAAGGUCAUCACCUCCAAGGGGUUUACAACAUAUCAACGGCUGUCAGCUGCGUUGAGCUACGCCGACUGGCUCAACUUCAGAAAGCUCCCCGACUCGGCGGAGGAAAUGUAUAGAUGGGCACUUGACAUUGCCAUUGCAGGCCUACCCACACCCGAGCCUUCGACAGUUAUCGACCGAGACAGUGCCAUUCUGUCGUCUACGGCACCUAAGGAAGCAGUAACACCAAACAUCCUCUACGCGGCGACAAACCUGGCUACUUUUCUGGCGGAACAACGAAGAGUCUCGUCCGCACUCCCAAUCUUCGUCUCGCUGCUCCGUGCUCGUAUCGAAGCCCAGGAGGCGCAUAUUCCUGCGGUCCAGGCACAAAAGGACUCUACCCUCAUCGGUACUCUGUUCAGCUUGCUGCGUGAACCCGACUAUCCAGAGGUGCCACCCUCAGGUGACGAACCACUCCUCCGCAAAGAAAGCGACCGCUGCGAAGAAGCCGCCUUGAAGAACUAUAUUGGCGAGAUCCUUUUCGCGACAGCCGGCAACUCAUCUAGUCAACGCCAACAGGGCCUCUCAUGGGUGCGCGAUGGUGUCUCUACCUCCAAGCUCGCGCAAUCGCUCGAACCCAUACGCGCCAACGACGACCUCCGCAAGAAGUGCGAAAAGUGCGAGGAGGUCGGUCUCGAAUCGUGGGGGAAGAUCAUGACUUAUUUGGCUGCUGAGGCCCGCGAGAAGCGGGAUCAGGCGAAGAGUGGAGGUCUGAAGGGGCUGGUGUGGAAGGUCAAGGGCACCAAGGCCCUGGAUGAGGAUGUGGAGAACCUAGAGGGUGAAGAAGAGGGUGUCAUUCUCCGACUCAACAAGCUCAGAAGCAAAAUGCUCAAGGAGGAGUAUGAGGAGAUGGAUCGCAAGUUUGCGCGAACCUUUGUAUUCUAG